GGGCAGGGGCGGGGGUAGGCCCGCGGGCCGACCAAUCGGAGAGGGCGGGGGGCGGGACCGGCGGAUAGCGCUGCCCAAUGAGAGCGUGGCAGGCUGGAGGCCCCGCCCCCUCCCCGCGGGGCCGGGCGGAGGCGGAGCCUGGCGGGGCAGCGGGGUCGCGCGCGCGGGGCGACUUUGGUUCAACUUUGUGAUGUCUUCCCCUGAAAUUGCUUCCCUUUCUUGGGGUCAGAUGAAGGUGAAAGGCUGCUCUACAACAUAUAAGGAUUGCAAAGUAUGGCCGGGAGGAAGCCGGACAUGGGAUUGGCGAGAAACCGGGACUAAUCAUUCUCCAGGAGUGCAGCCAGCUGACCUUGAAGAAGUCGUCAAGAAGGGUGUUAAAACUGUGGUGAUUGGUCGUGGCAUGAGUGAGGCUUUGCAGGUUCCAGCAUCCACUGUGGACUAUCUGAAGAAGAACGGCAUUGACGUGCUGGUGCUGCAGACGGAGAAGGCCGUGGCGGAGUACAAUGCCCUGGCUGCUCAGGGUGUCCGAGUGGGCGGCGUGUUCCAUUUCACCUGCUGAAGCGCUGCUCCUUCUGCCCUCCCGGCCUGCCGCCGGGACACACCGACACACCCCUGCUGAACCCACUCGCACUCAGCGGAGUGCGGGCCUGCGGGCCAAGGCGGUUGUGCACUGACCAUCGAAAGCGCAAAGACACUUUAUUAGUUCAGGAUUUAAGCAAAUCGAGGGCUCACAAAAGGCGGGGCUGUUAAUGUAAUUAAAUCGUUUAAUUACAGAAUAAUUUCCAUGUGUUGUUGAGAUUGACCCAAUUUUCCUCUGAAGGCUGUCCAUAGUCUUGUUACUUAAUUUUUCACCUGUUCAUUAAAUCAGGAAAUUAUGGUUUGAAUACUUUUAUUAGAAAAUGGCUCAAAAUUACAUUACUGGCUACUGGAAUGCAGCCAUAAAAUAGCUGAUGAGCACGAUCAAAUAGUAGAUAUGAGGUGGUGGUAAAGAAGCACUUCACCACCACUGGAUAAAUAAGUUUAAAAAAAAAAAUUAAAAGCAAACUGAGAACAUAAAACUUUACUUCCAGCAGGUGACCUCAGUCAGGGUAUUUGCCAAUUUAUGAAUUGGCAAUAAUAGAGCACUUUUAAAUUUUUCAUUGAGCCUGAAAAAGGGGAAAAAAUGUCAACAGGGUAUAAGCAUAAAGCCUGGGCCUUAAAGAAUUUUCUUCUUAAUUUCUUAUUCUAAUUAAUUAAUGAGGAUUGAGCUGUCUAAUGCAUAUCUAUUCAGCAGUUUCUACACGCUUGAAAUAAUCAGAAAUGUGUGUUACAAAACUAGAGUUUGCAGCAUAAAACAUUGAUCUUUAGGACAUCAGUCUGAAUUGCUGCUAGCAAGGCACUGCUGGCAAGCUGGGGAUGCAUGUGAGACUUGUUACUGGUCAUUAUCUGAUGAUUUAAAUGUUGUGCCAACAAACAUUAUUACACUGAAUAUUCAAACAGU